AUGCUCCACUCCAGAUGUUUGGUACGCCAAUGAAAAAACAACUAAAUUGAUUCGGAGUGGGGACGCGGUAUUAAAGGUGCUCUGGAGUGUAACUUUCGUGAUUUCGUCAGUAUUUCGCCAUCAGUCAGUGUCAACGCACAACCAAGGUCGAAAAAAAUGGAUCAAGGAUUCGCUACUAAAGCCAUCCACGUUGGGCAAGAUCCUGAACAAUGGAAACAUUGUUCGGUUGUUCCGCCGUUGGUGAUGUCAACGACUUUUCGACAGGACGCACCAGCUCAACAUAGGGGCUUUGAGUACGGGAGAAGCGGAAAUCCAACGAGGAACGUAUUGGAGGAGUGUUUGGCAGCUUUGGAGAAUGGAAAACACGGAUUGGUCUUCUCGUCCGGUUUAGGAGUGACGACGGCUCUGACCUCGUUGCUGAGUUCGGGCGAUCACAUUAUUUGCGGUGACGAUGUUUACGGUGGCACUAAUCGUUACUUUCGUCAAUGCGCCUCUAGAUUCGGCAUCGAAACUUCUUUCAUCGAUGGCACUGAUCCCCAAAAUAUCAUUAAUGCACUCCAAAAAAAUACCAAGAUGGUGUGGCUAGAAUCUCCGACGAAUCCUCUCUUGAAAUUGAUCGACAUCAAAGCAGUUACGGAACUCGUGAAAUCGCAGCGUCCCGAAAUAAUUAUAGUCGUGGAUAAUACAUUUCUGACUUGCUACUUCCAGCGGCCGUUGGAUUUUGGAGUUGACAUUGUCAUGUACUCGUUGACGAAAUACAUGAAUGGGCAUUCGGAUAUUAUAAUGGGAGCUGCCAUAACACAGGACGACGAGCUUGAAAAAAAAUUGCGUUUCCUUCAAAAUGCUUUGGGUAUUGUGCCAUCGCCAUUCGAUUGUUCUCAGGUUAAUCGAAGUUUAAAAACUUUGGAAAUUCGAAUGCAACAGCACAUGAAAAACGGUUUGGCAGUUGCCAAGUUUUUGGAAAAUCAUCCAUUUGUCGACAGAGUUAUUCACCCACUUCUUCCAUCUCAUCCUCAACACGAUCUCGCGAAAAAACAAGCGAGUGGGCACAGUGGAAUGGUUUCCUUUUAUCUUAAAGGAAAUUCUCGCAAGUUCUUGGAGUCUCUGAAAAUUUUCACCCUCGCAGAAUCUCUCGGAGGUUAUGAGUCACUUGCGGAAUUACCAUCGGUGAUGACUCACGCUUCGGUGCCUGAGGCAGACAGAGCGCAGUUGGGUAUAACUGAUCAACUAGUGCGACUUUCGGUGGGAUUGGAAACCGAAGUGGAUUUGUUGGCGGAUAUCGAUCAAGCGUUGAAGGCAGCUCAAAAUUAAGCGUCCAAAAUUUAUGUCACAUCGAUCGCAUGUUUCGGAUCCAAGUGUUCCUCUUCGAAGUUGUGCUGAUAAAAUAUUUAUGUCGCGUGGAAUGUAACGAAAAAUGUGUAAAACGUUCUCUAGACUGAGGGCGAUCGAAAUUAUGGGCAUGUACAAUUAGCUGAUAGAGGAGACCGGGGCUAGUUGGCCACUGGGCGAGUUGACUUAUAAACAAUAACAUCCAAGCUACGGAAUGUAAACAUACGCGAGGUUGAUAUAAUUGUUCAUUGUAACGUCUCACUUAUUUGUGUCUCAACGCGUCGAAGCGACACGUCAUUUAGGAACAGUAAAGAAUUUUUGUAAAUCCA